UGGUUCAAUCGAUCUAUGGCUAGCAUUAAGCUGGCGAUUCGCAAUUCAGAUAUUUGUAAUCGUGGCUCAUUUAUGUGUGAGGUGACAUAUAUUAACGACGAAUUUGGAAGAAACAGUGACAUUUCUAUUAUAAGACCCAAUUCGGAUGUAUCUAGCUUGGACAGCGUGCAUGAGAAACUAGACUCGCUGACUGCAUCCGUUAACAGUUUGAAGAGCUCUGUCAAAAAGCUUCAACAAUGUUUAUUGUGUCAAGGUUCGAGACCCACUGAUGUCGACUUUCCCAGUGGUUGGACUCUGGCGUUUCGUGGUACAUCCGCUAUAAAUAAAUCUGUCUUUGAUGCGUACAAGACAGGAACUGGUAUCCCAGCUAACGUUGAGAGUGGGUGCAAACAGGUAGAUUCCAGCAAACCUUGUACCAAUCAUUACCGUAACAACGAAGUGUUGAACAACUGGAAAGGAGUUAACAAAGUGGCCUUUGUCUUGUACGAGAAGAAUGCUCUUGUUGCUUACAUGGUAUUUGACGGACGUGGUACCGACAACAUGAACUGGUUCAGCCAGGAGAAGCUGGAGCUCUCUUCGUGGACAGAUCUGAAGACAAGCAGCUACAACUUUUUCAGCAUCGAGGGCGAUUUAAGGCCUUUCAAUUUAAUCUAUCGCCGAUUUAUUGUGAAUAAGUUUUACGGUGGCUGCGGUGGUGAUUGGGGCUGGUUCUCUGCUGCAGACUUUAUGCCUUUCUUCUGUCCUUGGGAAGGAGCUAAUAAUUAUCCUUCGUUUGCUUAUGUUAAGGGUUCUAAUAGUACUAACUGGUCGACAGGCAAGGUGGGAUACGCUGAUGUUAUGGCCAUUUAUGUGAACUAAACCUGAAUAUUAUGAACUCUUCUCUGUCUUUCACUGCCUCCCUCUCUCUCUCUC